AUCAAUGCAUGCAAACCUUACUUUCAUAAUUACAGUGAUAGUAUUGAUUUCCUGAGAUGAUUGCCUGACAAAAAUAUAUUGAAGUUUAACGGUUCACUGUUUAAGAAUGGCGCAAUGGUCACUGGUGAGUGGCUAACAGGAAACGUAUGUCAGGUGGGUACAGAGCGUGUAUUAAGUAGUGAACACUGUGUUCAAUAGUGUGACGAAGGCAACGUAUGGUGGCUUGUUGACGCUUUGUCUUCCUUUUCAAUUAGGACUAAAGUUAUAAUCAAUUAGACAAAGCACGGAUCUCAUUCAUGCUUCUGUUCAAAGCAAUUCUGACACGCUGUGAAGAUGACAUCAGAUUUUCGGACAUUUCUGGUCCUAACCGCCGCCAUUUUGGCGACAAAAUCAAAGGCUCGCGAUGAAAUGCUAACAGAUCCAGAUAAAUGUUUCCAGGAAGAAUUCGUACCCUAUAUCAAAUGCUCUGAACAAACCAACUACCAACCUUCGGUAUGCGAUUGUGGGGACAGAGAAGAGUGUUAUAUUAAACUUGUAAUCACACGAAACCCUAAACCAAGCGAUGAAAAGAAGAUUUUCAGUAUUAAUGGCGGUCGUAUUGGUCCGACGAUCAUCAUAAACGAGAACAAAAUAUUAGCAGUUGAUGUCAUCAAUAAUAUCGACGAUGAAGGUACUUCGAUUCAUUGGCAUGGGAUGCGUCAAAGAAAGGUUCCUUGGAUGGACGGAGUGGCGAACGUAACGCAAUAUGCAAUACCACCAAAAGGAGGAAAAUUCAGAUAUAUCAUUCGGGCGUAUCCUUGUGGAACGCAUUGGUACCAUUCCCAUGUGGGUUAUCAAAGAGAUCAUGGUCUUUUCGGAGCUUUAAUCGUGAACGAGGGGAAAGAAACAUGGCAAAAGUUGAUCGAUUCAGUGCGUGUUGAGCCGGACAACCUUGUUGAAGACUUUCGCUUCACUCUGUCCGUCACAGAACACAUGAGAAUUUCGCAUGGAGAAAGAAAUUGCACGGAAGAUGGCUCUAGGGAACCAGUGAAGGAUGAAUAUGUAUCUUCUUUUCAAAUUAAUGGUGUCAUACUACAAAAAGGAGUUGAUCACAUUGGCAAAAAGGAACCAUCUUACACCGUAGAGAAAGGAAAAUAUUACAGGUUUCGAGUGAUUGGUGCCGUAGAGGUGACCGCAAUCCGUGUCUCCAUUGACGGCCAUAGACUGACCGUAAUAUCGACGGACGGCUACCUGACGCGACCUUUUGAAACGGACAUUCUACACGUUCACGUUGGCGAACGAUACGAUUUUGUUGUGAAAACGCAAGCUGAUGUCGACCCGGGGACAAUAUUUCCAAUUCGAAUCGAAUCCGUUGAGGUGUACUGCAGUAACCACACCCAACCGGCGGGGGUGGGCAUCGUGUAUCUCAAAUACAGCGGCCAGGGGGGAGGCCUCACUGCGAAAACUCGCUGCACCCAAAACUGUGUAGCGCUGAACUGCCCUUUCGAGAACUACCCGAAGUUUAGCAGUAGGGAAAAUGCACCAUCUAUUCAAUGCUACAACAUCUAUGAUGCACUUCGGUUGCUCAUUCCGGCCAAACCGCAGGAUUUGCCACCAGCUCCAGCGAAAAAGACGUACUUUUUCAAUUUUGACGUCUCUAAAACCUCCUCGGGUGACCUAGCGACGAUCAACGACGUCGAAAUCGAACUCCCUGAUGUACCUUUCGUCAUGACCGACGGGCCGGCAAACGACGAUUGCGCCUAUUUCGCGUACAAGAACUGCGGUGGAAAGUGUGCGCACGCAAUACUAGUCGACAAACACGUAUCGAAGUCGUACGAGUUCGUCUUUUCGUCGAUACCGAGGGAAGGCAGCGGGGAAAAUAUCGCAAAUCAGAUAACCCACCCUAUGCAUAUGCAUGGUCAUUCCUUCUGGGUGAAGAAAAUCGCCUAUCCAGAGUACCAUGAUAAUGGUACUAUCAAGGCUGCGAACAAGGAUAUACUGGUGCCGGAGUGUGGCCACGCCCAUUGGAGGGACGGUAUCCGACCAUCGGUGGAGGAUAUUACGAGUACGACCGUACCUAAGGACGUGAUCACUGUGUCGGGCGGCGGAUAUGUCGUUAUAGAGUUUAUGGUGGAUAAUCCCGGAUGGUGGUUUAUGCACUGUCAUAUCGACUACCAUCUUAUUCACGGGAUGGGUCUCGUCAUCGGAGAGCAAACCGCUUGUCAAAAUCCACCACCAGAGAAGAUGAUGAGCCCGACCGAUGAGUUUUGCUGGACCGUUGAGGAAUUCCGAGAAAAAGAGAUGUUCCAAUGCCCAAGUAAUAGCGAUAACGUUUCCGAUGACGAGGAUCGGCGCACUCCAAAUGAAAGAGAUGAUGUUGAGGUUAAGAGCGGGAAGAAAGAGCAGAAACCUACGAACAGUGAUUAUCGCGAAGACGAACGACCAAAUUCAAGAAUGAUUUGGAGUAGAUACAUGAAAGAUAAUAAUAAACUAAAUUGAAAACUUUAUCACGUUCUCCAAGGACCAGUUAAAGACGUCGAACGUUUUAUGUGCCGAAUCGAAUUGAACUUAAGCCAAGACUUUAGCUCAUUAACAUUAGGUUUGGCACAUGAAAAGUUCUACGUCUGAAACAGGCCUAAC